UUUAUUGGGUUUACUUAUUUUACGACUCGUUUAGAUUACUUAAAUGAUUUAUAUACAUAUAUACGAAGAAGAUAACACUUGCAGUCAGUAAGUUGUGAAAAAAGUUAUCUAAACAUUAGUUUAUUUUUCUCUUUGAAGUCAAUGCAUUGAUCAAUUUGAAGGUAAACCGUGCUAUAGCGUGUACAGAUAGAUGUCGCGUGAAUAACAUAGUAAUGUGAAAUAUAAAUAUUAAACAAAUUAAGAUCAAAAUAUGAACAUUUUCAUUGCUUUGCUGUUCAUCUUAACGGUCUUGACCGUGCGUUUUUUAAGUAAAUGGUAUAAAAUAUUUUUGAUCGGCCUUAAGAUACCUGGACCAAUCGUAUUACCAAUGGUUGGUAAUAUACAAAUGGUGUCAAAAUUGAAGCCGGAAAAUUUAUUAUUAAGUUUAAGAAAUCUUCGCGAGAUUUACGGACAAACAUAUCGCUUAUGGCUAGGGCCAGAGUUAUGGGUCUUCUUGCAUACACCACAAGAAACUCGCGACGUUUUAAAUAAUAGAAAUUUAUUAAGACCUCAAGCCUUUCAAUAUUUGGAUGCGUUAAUCGGCAAUGGAUUAUUGAUAAGCGAGGGUAAUCAUUGGGCGACGCAUCGUCGUAUAUUGGAACCAGCGUUCAAUAUCAACAUAUUAAACACUUUCUCGGAAAGCAUUUCUUCUCAUAGCGAUAUCUUUAUUAACAAAAUACGAGCACAUGGUGAAAAAUGCCUUGACAUUACUGCUUAUAUACUUCCUUGCAUCAUGGAUACGAUAAUACGUGAAUAUUAUACUUCCAUGGGUAGAAAUUUGCAAAUACAACUUAAUGAAAACGAAGCUUAUACUCAAGCUUUCCAUAGAUCUAAUGAAUUGUUGUUUCAACGUAUGACAAAUCCAUUACUAUUUCUGGACAUUAUAUAUCGCUUGACUCCAAUGUAUUCAGAGUUAAAAAAAUCUUUGAAAAUUAUUCACGGACUCAUGUCGGAUAUUGUACGGGAACGACAAAAUUAUUUGGCAACUAAUGGCCACGCGACUACUACUGGAAAGAUAGGAAAAACCUUUUUAGAUACUCUCCUAACGCCAACCAAUACCGGGAAGGUCUUCUCUUUUCAAGACAUUCGGGAGGAGGUCAAUACUUUCGUCUUGGCGGGUGUGGAUACAACUACAUCGGCCAUGUGUUACGUCCUUUAUGCUUUGGCUAAAUAUCCUCAAGAGCAGCAGAAAGUCUUUGAAGAAAUGCAAAACAUUCAACAGAGCUCUAAACUAUCCGCUAAUGUUGACUUUAAUGAGUUGCAAAAAUACAAAUAUCUUGAUCUAUUCAUCAAGGAGUGUUUACGUUUUUAUACCGUAGUACCGUUAACAGGUCGCCAGACAACAAGUUCUACUCGUAUUGGAGAGCGUGUUUAUCCUGCCGGCGUUACAGUUUGGAUUAAUUUAUACGGUUUGGCUCACGAUCCGCAUCUAUUCGAAGAUCCCGAUGAAUUUCGUUCUUUACGAUUUGCCGAGGAGAAAUCUUUGAUUGCAUUUAGCUAUUUGCCUUUUUCGGGCGGACCUCAUAUAUGCAUAGGUCGUAAAUAUGCAUUGAUGAUAAUGAAAAUUAUGACAAUUAAAAUAUUGGAACAAUUUCAAUUGGUAUUGGCAGACCCUCAAGAGAACUUAAUAUUGAUGGCAGAAAUGGUUUUGAAAUUCAAGAACGGUAUUAAUUUAAUAUUUAAAGAACGAGAAAAAUCCAGUAUAAUAAAUCAUUAAUAAUAACAUAAA